AUGAGCUCCAACAUUCAGCCAUUCCUUGAGAUCAUUCCAAAGGCAGUGUUGGACACGAGUAAAGCACUCAAAACGUACGCCAAGCUCGAAUCCAUCUUGCAGCAGUUUGCUGAUCACCUUCAGACUAGUGUGGAUCAACAAGAUGCAGAUAAGCAAGCGAAGCGAAUGGAGAUGGAGAAGAUGCUAAGGCCGGUCUUGACGGACGCGGGUGUAGGCAAGAAAGGCAUUUCAGAGAUCGUCGAUGCUUGCCUAGCUGUCAAGCUCAGGUCUCAUGUUGAAGGUGAUGAUGACUCUCUGUCGAGGCAAAAGCCUCAGGCGGAAGUUCCACCUGGCAUCACCAGUCAUUUGAGCUCAACAAAGAAGGCGCUGCCCAUUCAUGGUUCCAUCAAAGAACCGUUAAAGAAGACCAGAAAGGCCAAUCUACGCGCAUCGACCCAGACUACAGAUAAAGAGCUAGCACAAGCGGUCCAAACCAAUCUAUACAUCGAUAGCCUGGACCCCAAAAUCCCACACAUCACAGCAUUGUCUCAAGAAUCUCGCUUUCACCUGGACUGCUCCGACACCUCUUCGCUCGAAAUCGAUCUUCACAAUGUCACUCUCACGCUUGCAGGACAUGAUCUACUGACGGAUGCGCAUCUUCGCAUGAAACCAGCCACGCAUUACGGACUUGUCGGGCGAAAUGGUGCCGGCAAAUCAACGUUACUCACCGCGAUCGGCGAAAAGCUGAUUCCGGGUUUAUCCCGAACCAUGAAGGUCCUAUUCGUGAGUCAGUUGACCAACGUCCGAGCUUCGGAAGAGAAUCCAGACGGCUCGGUGCUAAGCGUCGUUGUAAGCAGUGAUGUCGAGAGAAGCCGAGCCAUGGAAGAGUGCAGGCUGUUGGGCAAAGCGCUAGAAGAUCAGAUCGAGGAGGAUAUUAGGCAGGUGGUGUUGGAACUGCAGCUCAAGAGAAAGAGGGAGAUACUGAAAGAGGCAAGGAAAAUCGCUGUCAAGUGGUCAGGUGCUAAAGGGCAUUUGGCGAGGAAAGAGCUUAUGAUUGCUGAAAAAGAAUUUGAAGCCGCACAACAAGACACGGUCAAACCACCUGACAACGUACCUGACAAAACGUCCUGGGCAUCGGUAGCGAGCAAGAUGCUGUUCGAAUCGCAACAGCUGCUAGAAGAGGUCGAUGCUCAAUCUACGGAAGCACGAGCACAAAAGAUUCUUCGUGGGCUCGGGUUUUCCGCAGAACGCAUCCAAGGACCUUACUCUGCCCUAUCAGGUGGAUGGAAGUCUCGAGCCAGCCUAGCAUCAGCUCUACUGCAACCAUCUGCCCACUUGCUCCUACUAGACGAACCGGUCAACUACCUCGACCUACCCGCCGUUCUCUUUGUCCAGCAAUUCAUAUCAUCCAUUCCGCACACAGUCGUCACAGUCUCGCACGACCGAGAGUUUCUCGAUGCCGUCUCUUCAUCGCUUAUCAUCCUCCGCAAACAGAAGCUCUCGUACUUCGAAGGCAACCUCACCGACUAUCAACGCGAGCAGCGACAAGAAUGGAUUCACAAAGCUCGACAACAGGCCGCGUUGGACAAGAAGAAGGAAGCGAUGCAGAAGAGCAUCGCUCAAGCUGCUUCCUCCGCCAGAAAAUCAGGUGACGACAACAAGAUGCGCAUGGCUAAAUCACGUCAAAAGAAACUGGACGAGCGAUUUGGUCUGGAAGUGAAUGCCAAGGGACACAAGUUCAAGCUGAACCGCGAUUUCGGUGGAUAUCACCUGACGAGUCGAGGUAGGGUGGAGAUGGACGAAGUGGAUGAACAGGUGAGAAUCUCGUUUGAGGAUCCGGAGGCAUCGAGAUUCCCGGGAAGCUUGGUGCAUUUGGAAGGUGUAAGUGUUCGAUACGACGGUAACACUGGAUACACAAUCAAUGACAUUGGCUUGACAAUCGGACCAGGUGAAAGGGUGGGAAUCGUGGGGCCAAAUGGACACGGCAAGACGACACUUCUCCACUGCAUCGUAGGCAAACUAACGCCGACCAAGGGUACAGUGGAAAGGCAUCCCAAAGCAACUAUCGGACUGUAUGCUCAGCAUACGCUCGAGCUCCUCUCAUCACAGAGUGUCACUGCGUUGGAACACUUUUUGGGGCGAUGUUCUGACGCCAGAGAGUCGCAAGCAAGAUCCUUCCUCGGCUCGCUGGGACUGAAAGGUCGAACUGCGGAUAAGAUCUCUUUGACCAACUUGAGCGGUGGACAGCUCGUCCGACUCGGCCUGGCCGAAGUCAUGUGGUCGAGCCCUGAUCUGGUAAUUUUGGACGAAGUAACGACGCAUCUCGAUAGCGACACGAUCGACGCUCUUGUUGAUGCUUUGCGGGCGUACGCAGGUGCUGUACUACUCGUCAGCCACGACCGAUCUGCUAUCAAACGAAUCAUCGAGGGCGCUUCUCAUCCGUCUGCCUAUUUCGAUGAAGACGACCAGGCUGAAGGGGCCGAAGCCGACACGGAACUAGACCUGAAGACGCAAGCGAUGGAAAUAGGAAGGGUUUAUUUGUUGCAAAACCGUGUGCUGAAGCACUUGCAAGGUGGUAUGGAUCAGUAUACUGACUCAGUCAUCCAGCGGUUUGAGGCUGCGUGA